CUAUGACCAUAGACGAGAGAGCGUGUGUUUAAAAAGACGACAGAAUAUAUAAGUAUAUAAAAAGCGAAUAGAACGCGGCUGGGAUAUUUUUGUUUUUCCUAUAACAUUGAUCCAAUAUGAAUACGAUAAGUGUUUUAAUUUUUUUGGUGAUUCGUUCUUGCUGUUGUUAGAAACAGUUGCACUUGAAGAGUGAACUCAAACGGACUGAAAUAUGUAAUUGAUUAAGAUUUUGUUGUAUAUUGAGUGAGAUGUAUAUUGUUGCGUUGCUAAUACUGUGUUUGUUCUAAAAUAAAUUUUGAAGGAAUAGAAAAACGGAAAAUUCGUUUUAAAUUUUACUGAACAUUUUUGCCAAAAAAAAACUUUUUUCGGACGAAAAGUAAACUUUCUUUUUCGUCCUCUUUUUUGAAAUUUAAAUUUUUAAGACUUUGUCACUUUAAAUCGUUUUAUUAGUUUCUUAUUAAUAAGUGUGAAUGUGUAAUCUGGUUCGAAGAAUUAGAAGGAGUCGGAAAAACACCAAAGUGAAAUUAAUUUUUUGGAUCUAUAACAUAUUAGAGUUCUUACCAAGAUGUCUUCUAUAAAAUCAAUACUACUGGGUGCAGUGCUAUUCUUCGAAAUCAUACUAUUAGUCUCAGCCGAAAAUACUGGUGAACGAAGGCGAUUCUGCGGACAACAUUUAACAGAGACUUUACAGUUCUUCUGCCGUCACAGAUAUGCAUCACCAACAAUGACCGAAAAGCGAUCAGACGAAAUUGUAGACGAGGCAUAUGCAAACGAUGAGCCACUAGCUGAUAGUUCGCCAUUUUCGUACGAGUCAUUGCCAUUUUUGGCUAAUUUUGGAUCGGCAGCAGCAUUACGUGCGCCGUCGCGUGUACGUCGUGAUUAUUGGUACCUUCAACGUGGCGUCGCUGACGAAUGUUGCCGUAAACCGUGUACCGUACAACAAUUGAAGCGCUAUUGCUACUAAAUGUUGUGUGUUCAUGUCGUAUACAGUGAACGGAAAUUAUCUCUAAAUUUUAUUAAUUAAAAA